AUGCAACGCGAUCUUAAGCGCUGGGCACGCGGUUGUCUAACGUGUCAGCAGGCCAAGAUACAGCGGCACGUGUCCUCUCCGCUUGGUCGUUUUCCGCAAGUCUCAGCUCGCCUCGCCCAUGUCCAUCUCGACAUAGUUGGACCCUUGGCACCAUCCAGAGGAAUGGUCUAUAUUCUGACCAUGAUCGACCAAUACACCCGUUGGCCCGAGGCCGUACCCAUACCCGACGUAUCCGCGGACAACUUAAUGCGCGCUUUCGUUGAGCGCUGGGUCGCUUCACAUGGCUGUCCAGCCACCGUGACUACCGACCGCGGUCCGCAGUUCGAAUCCUCGACCUUCAGCGACCUUCUCAAAGUCCUCGGAUGUCAACGCAUCCGGACUACCGCCUAUCACCCGCAAUUCAACGGCAUGGUGGAACGUUUCCACCGACAGCUGAAGGCUUCAAUUAGUGCCGCUAACGCACUAAGCUGGACCGAAGCACUGCCUAUGAUACUACUUGGUAUCCGAUCAGCUCUUAAAGCAGACUUGCACACGUCCAGCGCCAAACUGGUAUAUGGACAACUUCUUCGACUACCUGGGGACUUCUUUUCUGAAAACCCCAGAACACCCCGUUACGACGCGAAUUACGCUCGGUAG